AUGUCGAAGUUGCAAUCGCAGGUUCCGGUUGAGGUGGUGCAAGAUGUGAGUAAUAAGAAUGAGGGGUUCGACGGGGUAAAUGCAUCUGGGAAUGAGAAUCCAGGCGCGGAGAGAAAGAAAGUGGUGGUUGUUGGGUUGGGGAUGGUGGGGAUUGCUUUUAUAGAGAAAUUGAUGAAAUUGGAUGCGAAGAAGAGGGAAUACGAUAUCGUGGUUAUAGGCGAAGAAUCACAUCUCGCAUACAAUCGAGUUGGUCUGACGAGUUUUUUUCAACAUCGGAUUGUGGAGAAUUUGUAUCUGAAUCCGAAGACUUGGUAUGCGGAUGUUCCGGCCGGGUCCCUCAAUUAUCAUAUCAAUACCAAGGUUGUGGAGAUUUGUCAUUCCAGCAAAAAAGUUACGUGUGCGUCGGGCGAAACGGUCGCGUAUGAUAUUCUUGUUUUGGCUACGGGAUCUGAUGCCCUUGUGCCGACGCAAACACCCGGGCAUGAUGCCAAAGGAGUUUUUGUGUAUCGAACUAUAGAGGAUUUGGAAAAUCUUAUCCGGUUUUCGGAUCAGAAAAAGGAUACACAUGGGCUUGUGGUGGGUGGAGGACUCUUGGGUCUCGAAGCUGCGAAAGCUAUGAUGGAUCUGGAGAAUUAUAAAAAAGUACAUUUGAUUGAGCGGAAUAAGUGGGUGUUGAGUCGACAGCUUGAUUCUGAUGCUGGAGGCUUGGUGGUGGAACAGGUGAGAGGAUUGGGUUUGGAUGUCAUGUUGUCCAAACGAGUUGGCAAGAUCGAGGUGACGGAGGAGAAUGAGGUGAAGGGUGUGGUGUUUGAAGAUGGAGAAGAGAUGGAAUGCUCGACCAUCUGUUUUGCCAUCGGUAUCAAGGCUCGCGACGAACUUGCCCGUCAAGCAGGCAUUAAAUGCGCGGAGCGCGGAGGAGGAAUCGUCGUCGGAGAUGAUUUGAGUACGAGUGUCAAAGACGUCUACGCGAUUGGCGAGUGUGCGAGUUGGAAGAAUCAAACCUUCGGAUUGAUUGCGCCGGGAAUCGAAAUGGCAGAUGUGUUGUCUUUCAACUUGACACAGGCAAAGAUACAUGCGUAUCGGAAAUUUAAGCGACCCGAUCUCAGCACGAAGUUGAAGUUGUUGGGAGUGGAGGUUGCCAGUUUUGGGGAUUUCUUCGCGGAUCGAGAUGGGCCUAAAAAUUUACCGAUCAGAGCGGCGAGGAAGGAUGAGGAUUCUUCGGGUUCUUCGAUACAGUUGACGACUGAACCUAGGCCGUCACCGGUUAAGGCACUUACGUACAAAGAUCCUUUCCAAGCUGUCUACAAGAAAUAUUUGUUCACCAUGGAUGGAAAAUACCUCUUGGGUGGUAUGAUGAUUGGAGACACGAAAGAUUAUGUCAAACUGGUGCCUAUGGUGAAGAAUCAAAAGAUGCUAGAUGUACCACCUAGUCAGUUUAUCCUCGGAGCCAGCAAGGAAGGUGAUGAAGGUGGAGACGACUUGGACGACGACACUCAAAUAUGCUCAUGUCACAAUGUCAGCAAAGGAGACGUCGUCCAUUCGGUCAAGCAAGGCACAUGCAAAAGCAUCGGAGACGUCAAAUCAUGCACCAAAGCCGGAACGGGAUGUGGUGGCUGCAUGCCCCUGGUAACCAGCAUCUUCAACAGUACGAUGAAGUCCAUGGGUCAAGAAGUCAAAAAUCACAUCUGUCCCCAUUUCAACUACUCACGCGCAGAUCUCUAUAACAUCAUUUCCGUCAAGGGUUUAAAGACCCUCGCGGAGGUAAUGCGAGAAGCGGGAAAUGAUCCCGAGAGUCAGGGGUGCGAAGCGUGUAAACCUUCGAUCGGAUCGAUCUUCAGCUCGCUCUACAACAAACACGUUAUUUCGCGUCCGCUGCAUGGGCUUCAGGAAACUAACGAUCGUUUCUUAGCGAACAUCCAACGAAAUGGUACGUUCUCUGUUGUGCCACGAGUAUCUGCGGGAGAAAUCACGCCGGAUAAGUUGAUCCUUAUAGGAAAUGUGGCGAAGAAAUAUAAUCUCUACACUAAGAUUACCGGCGGUCAGAGAAUCGAUAUGUUUGGAGCGAAGAAACAGGAUCUUCUGGCGAUCUGGAAGGAGCUGGUAGAAGGAGGUAUGGAAUCUGGGCAUGCGUAUGCGAAGAGUUUGCGGACGGUCAAAAGUUGUGUGGGAACUACUUGGUGUCGGUAUGGUAUUGGAGAUUCGGUGGGGAUGGCGGUUCGAUUGGAGGAGAGGUAUAAGAGUAUUCGAUCGCCGCAUAAGAUUAAGGGGGGUGUAAGUGGGUGUGUGAGGGAAUGUGCUGAGGCGCAGAAUAAAGAUUUCGGACUCAUAGCCACAGAAAAAGGUUUCAAUAUUUUCGUUGGCGGAAAUGGUGGCGCUACACCCCGUCACAGCGAGCUCCUAGCCAAAGAUGUCCCCCCAGACUCGGUUAUCUCGAUCCUAGACCGCUACCUCAUCUUAUACAUCCGCACAGCCGAUAAACUGCAACGUACAGCGCGAUGGCUGGAAGCUCUUCCCGGCGGGAUCAAAUAUCUCCGCGAAGUUAUCUUGGAAGAUAAGCUAGGUAUUUGUGCGAGUUUGGAAGCGCAGAUGGAGGAAUUAGUGGGGAGUUUCUUUGAUGAAUGGAAAGCUGCGAUUGAGGAUGAGGAAAUGAGAGAAAAGUUUAAUCAGUUUGAUAAUUGUGAUGAUCGGGUUGAGAAUAUGGAUGUGCAGGUUGAGCGGGGACAAACGAGACCGGUGGAUUGGACGAAGGAGAGCGCGAAGACGGAUUUCAGGAAUGUGAAGUGGACGAGUUUGAAUUGGGAGAGGGUGAUUAAGAAAGAUCAUUUUAAGGGCGCGGAUGAGGCGCCCAGUGGGAUUUCGGCAAGCGUGAAGAGGGGGGAUACGCAGUUGGCGGUUUGGAGAGUACAGGGGAGAUGGCUGGCAAGUCAGCAGAUGUGUCCGCAUAAGAGGGCGUUUGUUUUGAGUGAUGGGUUGAUUGGAGAUUCGGGUCAUGGCUCGGUUUCUAUUCCUGGGAGUGAGGGGAAGGAGGAGAAGAAUCUUUGGAUCUCGUGUCCGAAUCAUAAGAGGAAUUUUAAUUUGAAUGGAGAGGAUAAGGGGAGGUGUAAGAAUGAUGAGGAAGUUAGUAUAGCGAUUUUUGAGGCGGAGGAGAGAGAGAAUGGAUGGGUUUAUUUGAAGUUGCCCCCGGUUUAUGAGUUGGAUGGAGUGUUGGGAAUGGAGAGGUGGAGGGUUAGAGAAGGAGAGGCAGGCGAAAGACAGUUUAAAAAGUUGGAUGAGAAGAUUGGGUUUGCGAUGGAUGGGGGGAGAAUGAAGGGGAGAAAGCCGGCGGAAAAGAGAAGGGAAGUGAGAGUAGGGGGAGAGGGAGGCGGCAUUGAUUGGUAA